AUGCGGGAACACGCCGACGACUUCGUCGAAAUUUACUCAAGUGUCGUUCAAAGCAAUCGGAAAGGCCACUUAAACGUCGAUGGGGACGUUUCGAGCCCGACAGAAGUGCGAACAGCUCAUAGAACUCCUCGGCGUGAGGUGCGGUGGCAACUUGACAAGAGUGCAAACAAUAGAAGCCUUGAGUCCAUAGUGCGCCGUUUUGAGGACUACCUGGACUGCGUUUCGGCAUCAUCAGCAGACUCUCCCCUGCGUCGUAUUACAGUGUUAGGUCAUAAACGGAUUUCCCAUCGUUGUCCUGGAUAUCUUCGCGAGGAAAUAACCCUCGCAGCAGAUGUGUCAAGAAGUGUUGUUGUUGCUCACCAAUACCCCAGUCAAAGCGAGAUUUGCACAAUAUGUGGCCAGCUUGUCCAACAUCCUAGCAAUGCGGUGCCUCCGAGUUCUACUACUAAUCGUUGGCGACAGCCUCCGCAAACAAUAAAUAUACCGACACCGGCCAUCAGGAGUUAUACGCCUAAAUCGUCUUCCUCUUAUUAUGACAACGAUUCUCCCUUGACGGCAGGUGAGUUUGAUCAUUUGCGAAGCUGGUAUUCGAGCGUACAGCCCACCGUAUGGGGAGCUAAAUUUGCGUGUUCUUGGGAUGGAAAGUCCUGGGUUGUUCGGUCGUCGCUCACCCCCUGA